AUGCCGUCAAAUACAGAUCCGACUUCAAGCAGAAGUGUGAAAAGAGAAGCCUGCAUCCUUGGCUCCACCGCCCUGGCCCUGCUCAUUAACUUGGUGGCCAUCAUUCUGGGUGUGUACCUCAUGGCGAGCCUCAGACCUGACGCUAACUCACAGUUGCUGACCAGCCACGGCCCAGACGACCACCUGGGGACAAUCGCCUGCAUCAACUGUGACCACGAGCUUGGGAACCCGCUCCUGAAGACAUUGGCCCGGAAAGACAGUGGUACUGAGAGGCUGUGUUGUGCGGAGAGUACGUCCCAAAUGUCCGCAAUCAUGGAACUGAUGCUGCAAAGACCGCAAGGGAAACAACCACACAGAAAAAGGCAACAUCUGCGGGAGUCCACGUCUGACGCCAUCAAGGCUGAUGAUCUUAGCUUCAGCACAGCUUCAGCUCACAAGCGACUACUGCCCAGGGAACCGUUUGAUAGUUCCAAAAAUCAUGUUCCAAUCUUCAAAAACUAUACCGUACCGCUAAAUCUGAACGCCUCCCAUCACGACCCACUGACAGAACACGCCCGCAAUGUGAGUGUAUUGGAGUCUGGCUUUUUGAUCUCCCAGGCCGGCACUUACCUGGUCUACAGCAAUGUUAGGUUUAAGCCCGACAGCAGCCAGCCAUGUAGUAGUUUCAGAUUCAGGGUAUGGGAGCACAAAGUUGUCAAGACGUCUACAGACCAGAUGAAACACGACAUCCUCAAGUCUGUGCAUACUUGCUGCGAUAGUUGUACCAGGGACAGAGAGACUAGCUUUGCUGGUGGAGCUUUUAUCCUGAACCAGGGAGAGCACCUGAGUGUGGAAAUAUCCGGGCUGGGUCUUAUCAGCUACCACCCUCAGUCAAGUUACUUCGGCCUCAUGAUGUUGGGCAGUUCGGAGCUUGCGUGA